AUGGAUGCAGAGAUUGAACUGGAAGAAGAGUUUACUUCUGCUGCCGCUGCUGCUGGUGUCCCACAAAUUACCUCAAAGACAAAUUUCAACUAUGCUUUGAUAGCUCUUCUUGUCUUUGUCAUAUCCUAUUUCCUGUGGAAAUUUUUCCAUUCUCAAAGUACACAUUCUACGGUACAUCAGUCGUCAGCACAGAAUGAUGCGCAUCGUAAAGCUAUGGAAAAUGCAAGAGCUAAACUCCAAGAAGAACUCAAUGCUCAAAUUGCUCAAUACAAAUCUAAGAAACAAGAGGAAGAUGAAAUUAAAGCAAGAGAAAAAGCAGAAAAAUUAGCUAAAUACAUGACGAGUAAUGGAACUUCACAAAAAUCUACUGACGAUGAUAAGAAGAAACGAUUACGACCGAAUGAUUAUAAUCCGUUAGCUGGAGAUUCAGGGACAACCUAUCGGCCAACUUCAAGAUUCUGUUCACGUGGAGGAUGA